AUGGAUCUUAAUUACUUCCGGAUCAGGGAAUAUCAGCUCCAUUAUCUUCCUUCGAAGGGAAGACAAAACAACUCAAAGCUGAACUGGAGUCCGACAACAUUUCGUUCAUUCACUCCACCUAAAUUCUCCAAUUUCAGAGUCGACAAGAAGAUAAAUCUUCAUAUUCGAGCAACAGCACAUUUAACAUCAUCACGAUUCCCAUUGGAGGAGUUUCCGAGAUUUUAUUCCGCUCCGUUUCGUUUAUUCUUUCAUAUCAGCUCGGCGUUCAGUUUUUGUUUGUCUCAUUGCAAAGCCAACAUAAGCAAGUCGUCGAGAAUCGCAAAACAACGAAAAAGAAUCACAAACAUUCAAAGCCUACAAAGAUUAAUGUACAAAUUCGUGUUGUUGAGGUGCAUUCAACAAACAUGA